AUGACGUGGGACAAAAGUUUGCCUGAUGAGUCCAUCACUUCAUGGAAAGUGCUCGGAAAACUCUUCUCCAGGCACUUCACAGCCUCCCGAAGACACCCAAAAUCAGAAGCGUCCUUGGAGGCUAUCAUCGAAGAAAAAGACGAAUCCCUCCGGGCGUACAUAGAAAGGUUCAACAAAGAGGCCGUGCAGGUGUCCACGACAGCCCAUAUGAAGAAGUUCCUGCUCAAGCGAGGCCUCCGGCCACGCUCAGACUUCGCCAAAGACGUCGGAAUUGAAACACCCGCCACUUUGGACGAAUUCUUCCUCAAGGCUCAAGCGUACAUACAAUACGAGGAAAAAGAGGCGGCUCACGCAGUCUGCAACUCGAGACAAGAAGAGAACAUAAAAGGUGCUCGUCAAGACGACUCUCGCCGGCGAACUGACAAGAAAAAAGAGGACAAUGGUCGAGACCCGAAAGACUACAAAGCGCCAGCAGGGAAGUUUUGGGAAUACAUCCCACUGAACGCAUCCUGGGAACGCAUCUUGAACGAGUGCGCAAACACAUAA